GGUACGUUUAAAACUAAAGUCACUGUCUAAAAUGCUAGAUUGAUUUCAAAGAGUAUUGAUUUUUAGGACUAUUGAAAACAAUUUUAGUCAAAAUUAAGAUGUAAUAAAUUCAAACCUAACAGUAGCUACAAUAUAUUUCAAAUUGAGAGUACUUAUAUAUUGCUUUAUAUAAGAUGUCUAUGAAAAAAACUCGCCCCAUGGAUACGUUGCAACGCAUCGUAUCAUCGUUUAAGCAUUUUGAGAAAAAGAUUGAUAAAUUACAAGAUGAUGUCAACUUUCAAGGUCACACAUUAACAGAGCUUCGUGUGAUUGUCGCCAAUAUCUCCAGCGUACUAUCUGAUAAUACUGUCGGUAAACAACGGGACCUAAGAAAAACAUCAAAUAAAACAGCAACAGUAGAGGAAUUAAAAAAUGGUGAUGUACCUGCGAAAAAUAAAAAGAAAAUUGCCUUACCACAAAAUACCUUACCAAAAGGUAAAAGUUCAACCUACGAAGAAGAGAAGUUCAAUAGGAAACCUGGGUUUGAUGCUACAUCUUUAAAGGUAAAGAAAUUACCGUCAAGUCCUAAGCAGAGUAAUCUUCCCAUUAAGCGGUCUCAACGAUACAGAAAAGCUGCAACUCUUAGGCCACAAAAAGAAACAGUGAAGAAACGCAACAAAACCCCAAAAGAUCAGAUUAUUUCUAUAUAACAGAAAACUUAUAAGACAAUAUCUUAUUAAUCUAACCCCUAUAAGCAUAUAUUAUAUUUGGUAAUUCCAUUUAUUGCUACAGUGACAUAAAAAAUAACUUAUUGUACCUAUAAA